AUGGCACCUGGACAACCGCAGAACCGCUUUCGCGUCGACGGCCUCGUUGCAGUCAUCACCGGGGGUGGGACGGGACUGGGUCGAUAUGCAGCUCUUGCUCUGGACGCUCAAGGCGCUGCAGCGGUCUACAUCAUCGGACGGCGACGGGAUGCGUUGGACGAAUGCGCCCGUCUGGGCAUCAACGGAAGCAUCCGACCCCUAGUCGGCGACAUCACCAACAGCGACAGCCUCAAGGCCAUCACAGAGCAGAUCCUAACCGAACGAGGCUUUGUGAACUUCGUCCUGGCGAAUGCGGGCAUCGCCGGUCCCGUACAUCGUCGUGGAGAUGGCACCGUGGCCGACUUUGCAGCAACGUGCAUCGCUUCGUCGGCCGAAGACUUCACGUCCACGUUCGACGUCCAAACCACCGCCGUCUUUUUCACGGCCGCCGUCUUCCUGCCGCUCUUGCACGCCGGCAACCAGAGACAGAAUGUGCCGCAGGACGCCCAAAUCCUGAUCACGUCGUCGAAAGAAUCCUAUUCUCGCCAGCUGGGCCACAGCUUCGCCUAUUCCACCUCCAAAGCGGCCGUCAACCAUUUGGCCAAGAUGCUGGCACGAACGUUUGCACAGCAACACUUCCGCAUUCGCGUCAAUGUCGUCGCCCCGGGCUUCUUUCCUUCGGAAAUGACGCAGCCGCUCACAAAUUCCUUGCCCGCGUAUGAGGACCGCCACGGUGCCUUCUCUGGCGCCUUCCGUCUACCGGAGGACCGGAAUCCGAGCGAGCGCACGGGAAGUGAGGACGACUUUGCCGCGGCCAUUCUCUUCUUCGCCAGUCCCGCGGGCGCCUAUCUGAACGGCACCGAGCUGCUUCUGGUAUGUGGAAAUGACAUGUUGUACAGAAGAGGGAAGCUGCUAACAUAUGCUCUUCGCAGGAUGGUGGGCAGAACCUCAUCUCGGGUUGAAUAA